GAUGCGAGUCGCGCGCAUACAUGUAAACUAUGCUCGAUACCGAUUCGAAAGAAGAAAAUUUUUUCUAUUUCAUCUGGAAAAAUCUAUUAAAUUAAAUAAAAUUUAGCAUUUGGUGAAGACAAAAACAACAAUUUCGGCGAAAUUUUUCCCAAACGGAAAAAUUCCGUUAAAAAAAAGACUUAAACUAUUCGCAUUUCGCGAACUCUGAUUUAUGCAAUCAACUGAACUUUAUCUCACUGUUAACGGUUUUAUGAGUGUUAAUUUGUUUUGAUCAUUUUCAAACCGGAGCAAAAGUGACUCAAGCAUCGGAAUUUAUCAAUGAAAAUGUCUGUGACACAUUUUGAUCGGAAUUUUUUUUAAAUUUGUUGUGAACAUGUAACUUUGAAAAAAUUAUCAAAAAAAUGUGAUCAUUAGGUGAUGCAUUUCAAAAACCGACAAUUCGAACAAGUUCGAUCACAGUUGAGAAAAAGCGCGAAAAAUCAUUGUUGAAAAAGUUACCAAAAAAGAUCAUCAUUCGAAAAACAUAUAUAUAACGGGAAAUCACUGCCUCCCGACCUGGGGGAAAAGUCAUCAAUCAAAGUGCAUUUAUAAAAGAAAAUAAGCUCAUUGAGAAAUAGAAUCGCGGAAAGAGAGAGAAACAAAAUUCAGCGAAAUUGGUUAAAAUAAUUACAUUUAAAUCGAUCAUCGCAUCGCAUCGGCUCCGAAUGAAAGUAAGAGAGACAGUGGAAACCGAAAAAAGCACAAAAAAGACAGACCAAAGAAAUUGGACGAGUCGCGCGUAUGCUAACGAGAGUGAAGUAAAAAAGUUUCAUAGUGUGUUGUGCUGCGCUCAGUUCAUGAUCAGAAGUGAAAGUUUUUCACAAAAGUAACAGCGUUCGCACAGUAGAUAUACUCACACACAUCCAUCUAUACAGAGAGACACACACAUCGACAUACACACACAUACCAGCACACAGAGACACAUCGCAUUCGCGAUUGCAAUUGCCACAGCGCAAAAGAGAGGCAUAGACACCGAACAGGCACCGCGACGAGAGCUUGUGUGCUGACUGACUGUUGAGUGUGUUUCUUGUUUCUGGUUUUGUUAAAGUGCAACUUGAUUUAGAGUUCGCACGUAGUAUUGUUGUUCGGCUGUGUUUUGUCCAAAUAUAUAUUUUAUGUGCUUGACUCUUGAUAAUGGUGUAAUAUAAAAAUAUAUUUUGUAUGCGUGCUUUUCGUUUCGCUUGAUUAAAUGUCUAUAGGAUAUUGUUGAUUUAUGCAUUUUUGCUAGUAUAAACAUAGAAAACGAACAUAAAUGUUUCAUUUGAUUCGCCAAAUAAUAACAACAACAACAAACUUUAUUCUCUGCUGAUUGCAUUUGCAGCUGCGUGGAAAAAUAAUGUGCGGAAAGAAAUGCUGCACAUCGUUACCGACUUUCAACUAUUGGAUUAAAUUAUAAGUUCCGUGUGAAUGCCAACGGAAACGUUUGAACGUUUUGAAGAAAAAAUUUGAUCGCAAUCAACGAACAAUUGAACAACAGAAAAAAAUAUGCCAGAAACUGAUUUGAUCCAACAUUUUGACAAUUUCAUUUUGACAUUCUGAAGAAACAAAGUGAUUUCAAUCGAUACGGAAGAAAAAAGACAGUUUAUCCAUUUGAGUGAUCAAGAAAUGAUACAAUGAAUAAAAUUCGAAAAAAAACAAUUGACUUCAUAGCGGAAAGAUGAACAAAACAGUGAAUUUAUGUUGAACACAAGACUAAGCUAUUGAAAAAAAGCGAACUUAUGUGAUUAAGCCCAAAGAAAGCUUGAACAAAUUGACCCACAUCCAGUGAUUGUUAUUGAUCUUGUAACGGAAUUACUUAGACAACUACAACCAGUAACGAGAUAAUGUGAAAAUUGAAAACUCAAAACCUGUGCAAAAAAAAAAUUCUCUAAAAAACGACGAUCAACAGAAAGAAACAAGACAUUGAGGCAUCCAAAAUUUUCGAAUAAAACGAGCAAAAAAUUUUAUCCGGAAAUAUUUAUUUGUUCUCUUUCGUUUUGAAAACAAAAAAAAACACCAAAAUUGAGAUAGGCUUGAAUAAAACAAAUCAAAAAUUUUAAUUGUGAAAUCCAAAAAACACGAACCUAGUUCAUCCAAACAAAAAUUUGGACUAGACCUUUUCCGUUGCGAAAACUAAAUUUUGAAAUUUAAACCCUUAAAAGCUUCAAUAGAACGAGACCAUUUCGAUUCGAAUAUAAAGUAAAAAAUGACAUCGCUAGGAAUUAUGACACUAAGCCGAAGCCCGUAUAGCGAGCUCGAUAAAAUGAGCCUAUUUCAGGAUCUGAAAUUGAAACGAAGAAAAGUUGAUUCUCGAUGCAGCAGUGAUGGUGAAUCAUUAGCCGAUACGAAUGCUUCAUCGCCUGAUUUAAUAGUACCACUUUCACCAAAAAUGUGCGAUCAUGGUGGAUCUGUUUCAUCCCAACAACUGCACAGCCAACAAACACAAGAGAAAAACCGCAACUCUGUGUCACCAGCUGCACUGGAUAACGACUAUAAUAGCACAUCGACCGAUAGCACGGCGACCGAUGUGCGUUCGGAUUCAUUUAUGCAAGCGUCGCCACAAAGCAGUUUAACCGUUACCGCAACCAAAAUCGAUGAGAAAUUAUUGUCUGCAUCUGGAGCAACACAUGCCAUUCAAAUGUCCAUUGGCGAAAAGCAAAGUGCGAUCGUAACAACGGCAAGCGCCACACCAAACGCUAACUCGCAUUUGAGUAGAAGCAUUAAAUUGAUCAACAGUACCAAUAACAAUAGUGUAUUUAUAAAUAAUCAAAGUGGAAAUGAGCGCCGAGACAGUAUCGCGCCGUCCAAUGAAAACAAUAACGACAGCAACAACAAUAAUAACAGUGAAACGUUGCCCAACACAAGUGUGAUUCGAUUGGUGGGUGAGGAGCGAUUGCCAUCGCCAACCAAACAAGCAUUUUUACCGCAAACCACAAAAGCUACGAUCAAUUCGUUGAAUAUAUCGAACCAACGAAUUAUGUCACCGCAUGCCACCGUACUAGUUACCCCGUUGCGGAUUAAAACGGAAGCAAAUGCACACCAAAACAAUUGCAUGAAUGUGAAUCAACAUCAAGCAUCAGUAACGACUGCCAUUAAUUCGAUGUCUGACUGCUAUCGAAAAGGGAUGCCAUCGAUGCAGCACAAUUCAAACCACCUACCGACCGUAGUUACUAUUGAGACGAACAACAAUUCGAGUAAUAGCCUGAGCAAUUGCACCGCCAACCACGGCAACGGCAACGGCAACGGCAACGCCAAUGGAAACGGAACCACGACAACCAUGAACAACACAAAAUCAACGCUGCAACGAAUUGAUACGGAAUCGAAUUCCAUUGGCUGCAAAACGAACCCAUUGUCACCGCAAAAGGUACAAAUUGUUCAUACGACAACGAACCAGCAACCGUCAUCGGGUCGUGGCAUCGGCGGUGGUGGUGUUCAAAUGUCGAUGUCGAAAAAUUCGUUUGCGCCCCAAGUCCAAAACAAUCAAGAUGUAAAUAAGCAUCAAAUGCCACCGAUGAAAAACUAUAUAUUCCCAGUGAAUUUGCAUGCGGCUAUCACAAAUCCGAAUCCUAAUCGUAUCAAACGAGAGCGAUCUCCAAUUCAUUCAAUGAACCCACAAACACAAUCGUUACCAAUGUCAACAGCUCAGCAUACGCAGUCACAGAAUCAAUCGAUCACUACCGUGACGCCGGUCACAUCAACCGGCCAAAUGUUGCACCCAUCGAUUCAGUUACAGCAUCCGGGGCGCGAUGGCGCCAUUUUAUUUCGCGUCAAAAAUGAUGCACAAUUGCCGUGUUUGAUUCAAACAAACAAUCAAAAUCGCAUCAUGUGGAAUUCGAACACGCGUAUUAAUGGUGUCAAACCGGAAAUUAUCGGCGGACCAAUUCCAUUGCGAUCACCUGUUUCAAAUUCGGGCCAUACAUCGGUGUCGACCACCAUACAGAAUUCAUCACAACCGCGAAACACACCGACCGUCAUAAUGGGAGAGAGUUGUGGCGUACGCACCAUGGUCUGGGGCAUUGAAUCCAGUCCACAGCAACAGUCACCGCAUCAACAAGCAUCACAGCCCAAUUCAAUUAACCUACAAAAUCAUAAUCAGAUACCAUUGGCUGGCCCAUCGAAUAACGAGGAAGCGGCUCAACUUCUGCUGAGCCUUGGACAAAAUCGAACAAAUGAAAUGCGCUCGAUGCAACCACAGCCAACCAUUCGUUCACAGAACCCAUUGAAUAUGGAGCGCCUGUGGGCGGGCGACUACAGUCAAUUACCAAGUGGACAACAAAUACAAGCCUUGAAUUUAAGUUCUCAACAACAAUGGUCCAAUCCAUCACAACCGAUGAAGAAUGAACAAGAAGUGCCACCCGAAGACGAUGAGCAACCGUUAGUUUGUAUGAUUUGUGAGGAUAAAGCAACUGGUCUGCAUUAUGGCAUCAUUACAUGCGAAGGUUGCAAGGGAUUCUUCAAACGAACAGUACAAAAUAGACGAGUCUACACGUGCGUUGCCGAUGGAACGUGCGAAAUAACAAAAGCGCAACGAAAUCGUUGUCAGUAUUGUCGAUUCAAAAAGUGCAUUGAACAAGGAAUGGUCUUACAAGCGGUUCGUGAGGAUCGAAUGCCCGGUGGCCGAAACAGCGGUGCCGUCUACAAUUUGUAUAAAGUGAAAUACAAAAAACAUAAGAAAUCGACACAGAAAUCAAAUCAAGCGUCAGUUUCGCUGCAACAGCAAGUGCAACAUCAGGCACAACAGCAUCAUCAACAGCAACAACAGCAGCAACAACAGCAGCAACAGCAGCAACAACAACAACAACAGCAGCAGCAGCAACAGCAGCAACAACAACAACAACAGCAGCAGCAGCAGCAGCAGCAACAGCAAAAACUGAGCAUAAUUUGCGGUGAUACGAAUGCGAUGCUUGCAUCGCAACGAAUAAACAGCAUGAAAUCGGAAAAUAUUGUCAACAAUAUCCCAUCGCAUUUGCUGAAUGGUACCAUUCUAAAAACGGCCCUAACCAAUCCAAGUGAAAUUGUACAUUUGCGACAUCGUCUCGACAAUGCGGUCAGUUCGUCAAAGGAUCGUUCUGUUUCCUAUGAGCAUGCCAUGGGCAUGAUUCAAACAUUAAUUGAUUUCGAUGCAAUGGAGGACAUUGCAACACUGCCACACUUUCCAGAAUUCCUGGAAGAUAAAUCGGAAAUUGGUGAUAAAUUAUGUAACAUCGGUGAUUCAAUAGUACAUAAGUUGGUAUCGUGGACGAAAAAGUUACCAUUUUAUUUGGAAAUACCAGUGGAAAUUCAUACCAAAUUGCUGACCGAUAAAUGGCAUGAAAUUUUAGUACUAACAACAGCCGCUUACCAAGCGCUACACGGCAAAAAAUCAUCGACCCAAUUCAUUCAAAGUGCACAGCAUCAAAGUCAAACACCAUUUUUGGAGAAAGACGAUCCCGAAUAUGUUCACGAGGUGAAUACGCAUUUGCUAACACUACAAACAUGCUUGACUACACUAAUGGGUCAUCCUAUCUCAAUGGAGCAAUUAAGACUGGAUGUCGGACACAUGGUUGAAAAGAUGACACAAAUCACAAUCAUGUUCAGACGCAUCAAGCUCAAAAUGGAGGAAUAUGUCUGCUUAAAAGUGUAUAUCCUACUGAAUAAAGAAGUUGAACUGGAAGGAAUUCAAGAGCGAUACAUUCAAGUAUUGCGAAGCUACUUGCAACACACAGCACCCAACAAUCCAGGCCGACUUGGAGAGUUACUAGCCCACAUACCUGAAAUUCAAGCAGCUGCAAGUUUAUUGCUCGAAAGUAAAAUGUUCUACGUACCGUUUGUGCUGAAUUCGGCGAGCGUCAGAUAAGGCGGCUAUUUCAACGAAAAGAAGAAAGUGAAACCAGUUCAAACACCAAUUGUUGGGAGGAAAAACAAACCAACCAACCAAAUGAAUCUAAAAUCGAUUGUAGACCGAAUAGCUGCGCGCGCAUCGAAACAUGCUUCUGUUUUUAUUCACACAUAAAACACCACACCACACCGGCAGUACAAUGAUCGAUUUGUUCUCAUCUCACGUAAACAAAACAACAACAACAACUAACUUGUAAAGAAUUUAAUAUUUAAUGAAAAAGAUUUAAAACAGAAUAAAAAAUGGAAACAAAAUGAAAUCCUAUCGAUAUUGUGUUCAACAAUUGAAGACAAUUCGAAUUGUUAUAAUAAUGAAAAAAAGAAAAUUAUACGAAUAUAAAGAUAAUAACGAUGAUCGCCGAAACCGCGAAUCGGAGAUGUACCUAUAAAAUUAAAGAAUAAAACAAACAAAAUAUUAGAGAAUCAUUUUUAAACGUAAAUCGUAUUAAUUUAAUAUUAAAUCCACAACACACACACACACACAACCACACAUACAAAAUGCAUGUAGAUUGAAAAGAGGGGAAAAAAUUAAACAAUUGGAAACAGGAUUACCAGAGCAUACAAAUACAUAUAUUAUUAUUAUUAUAUUAAAUAUAAAAAGAAUACAAUGACUAUAUUUACACUUUGCAUAUUAAUCUGUAGUUAUAUAUUGUCGCGCGUAAAAUGGAAUGACUAACACUAAUCUAUAGAUGAAAUUUGACAGCGUUAGAUUUAACACACGAAAUGAUGAGAUAUAUGAUAAAUAAUUGACUAAAUCAAUAUUGAAUUUGUGCAGAGUUUGCAGACCACACAUACAUACAUACACACAUACACACACAACGGCGAAUCAAAGCGGCAAAGCACUCGUGCCACAGCCACACCGAAUCGUCGAUGCAUUUUUAUUUUUAGAAGAUUAAAAAAAAGAAAAACAAGGACAGCAACAAUAUUGUAAUAAACUGCGUUGAAAUUUCUCGUUUUUUUUUUAAAUUUAAACAUACAUGUAAUUAUUAUUGAACUAUUUUUAAGGCGAUAUCUGUCGUUCAUUUUCAUUCUUUUUAAAACAAAACAAUUCCUUUUCUCUCUCUA